AUGGCGCUAUACGGGACUUCUGACGCCUUAAUGUGCAGGGCAUUCCCAACAACUCUGCGAGGGCCGGCCUGCGCGUGGUACAGCAGCUUGAAGGCCGGGACCGUCGCCUCCUUCAAUCAACUCGCCAAGGAUUUCGAGCUUAACUUCCUGGCUUACGCCCGACCAAAGCCGUCUGUGGCAUUGCUCCUCGGGCUCAACCAGAGGGAGGACGAGCCCCUCUCCCAUUUUGUGAACCGCUUUACGACACAAAUCUGCGGAUUGUCGGAUGCUCACCCCUCUCUCUUAUUGCAGGCAUUCAUGACAGGCUUGCGGCCCUCCAGGUUAUUCUGGUCUCUCAUGGAGCGGCCCCCCACCGCGGUCCCUGAGAUGCUUCAGCGUGCUAGUCAGUUCAUCGCUGCGGAGACUUGGAUGGCUGGGAAGCGGGAGGAGCACAAAAAGGUCAAGUCGGAGCCACCCCGACAGCAACAACCCGCCUCCUCCCGGCAAAAGUUGGACAGAUCCGACCCAAUGCCACCUCUCCCUGCCUUGAAUUCGUCCCGAACCGAAAUAUUCCUUCACGAGAAGGGGAAGGGGCUACUCAAGGACCCUCACCCGAUGAGGAACCCGCGAGAGCUCGUAGAUCGUUCAAAGUACUGCCGAUUCCAUCGGCAGCAUGGGCACGACACUGAGCAGUGCCGCGAGUUGAAGAGGCAAAUUGAGGAGCUCAUCCUCAGAGGUCACCUCGGCCAAUAUCUCCGGCCGAACAAAGAGCUGUCACCUCGCCCGGAGGGCCCUAUCGAGCAACACAUCGAUGUGAUAGCCGGUGGCCCCGCAUCAGGGGGAGGCUCCACGUCGGGCAGAAAAGCGUAUGCCCGAGCCGCUCCAGACGAAGCCUCGGGACACGAGCCCGAGCCCAAGAUAACCUCCCGACCGGAGCGUCCGAGCAACCCGACCAUGACGACGCCCUUGUGA